CUGGCCCAACAUCUAAGAACCUGGAGGAGGGCCACACGGGAGGCACUUGCCACCAUGGGGCAAGGCUUGCCAAAGGCCGUCACCUCCGUGGCGGUCAAGCGAGUUGGUGGCACAGCCUUUCGCGUUGGUUUUGCAGAGAUGAAUGGAUGGCGCCCUAGCAUGGAAGAUGCCCACGUCAUCUACGCCCAAGACACCUGGGGCUUCUUCGGAGUUUUCGAUGGCCACGGAGGUGAUCAAUGCAGUGGCUUCAUUGCCAGACGAAUUUCGGAAGAGUUGGCUCAAAGUGGGAUGCCAGCUGAUGAUGCGGCAGUCACGGCUUUGGCACUAAGCUUGGACAAGGAGUUUCUGGACACGAAUCAACCCAGCGGCUCCACAGGCACUUUUGUUAUUGUCAAAGCACCAAGCACGCCUGGAGGCAAUUAUCACCUCCGCGUGGGCAAUAUUGGCGACAGCCGUGUUCUUCUGGGCAGGGCUGACGGCUCGAUCUUCCCUGGGCCGGGCACUGACAGUGGCCUGACGACGGACCAUAAGCCAGACCUGGCCAGCGAGCGCGAAAGGAUUGAGCGAACUGGCGGAAAUGUGCAGGAAGUCAUGGGUGUUGCGAGGGUAAAUGGCGACCUAGCAGUAAGCCGAGCAUUUGGCGAUGCUCAACACAAGACAACGGGAGGUCCAGAACCACAGGAUCACCCAGUGUGCGCUGCACCAGAACUGAAGGAGUUCGAGUGUGCUCCGACUGAUUUUCUCAUGCUGGUCUGUGAUGGAAUCUCAGAAGGUAGCUUCCCCAACGAGGCAGUUGUAAAAUUGGCCGCUGAAAAGCUGAAAGCCGAAGAGGGCAAGCCUGUGGACCCGGCUCAGGCUGCUAUCGCGGUUUGCCAUGAGGCUAUAAAGUGCGGAUCAAAAGACAACCUCUCCUGCAUGAUUGUCCUUCUCGGUGGGGGAGAAGUGCCAGGGGAGAACGUGGAGUUCAUUCCAGGUCCUUUUGAAGCACCUGAGAAUGCUGCUUUCCGAAAGGCCUACCAGGCCAUGGCCGAACAUGCGGGGCUGACGUUGCCCCAAGCACUGGAGAAGCGUUUCAGCAACUGCCGUGCUGAAUUGGCACAGGCAGAUCCCAAUUCAGAGGGUGCAAAGGAGCUACAGGCAGAAAUGGCCCAAUACGGAAGUGGCCCCUCAGAAGACCUGACAGAAGGCACCGAACGUGUUGAAUGGUUCAAUAAUUGGCUAGAGAGCAGGAACAGCUCAGAGAAUGCAGCUGGUUUGGGUGAUGGAGCUGAUGCAGAUGGUGGUCCAAGCACCGGGAUGACAAGAGAUCAGCUGUGGGAAAUGAUUCAAAACAAUCCGCGACUACGGGACAUGGCAGAAUCAUCGGGAAUAGGCCUUGAGAGGCUUCUGAUACAUGACCGCGAAGAGCCUAUGAGAACUGUGCGGGUUGCGAAGCUGGAAGACUUGAAGCCAGCUGUGGAAGCCCAUGCGGCGCUGAAGUGGGACGACCGCCUGGCAGAUGCCUGCGGUUGCGAAGGCAUUGUACUGAGAGACGACGAGUCUGACGGAACAGCACAGGUGAGAUUUCCACCACCGUUGGGCUUCAAAGCAUGGCUUCCCACCAGUAUGUUGCAAGAGCUAUCGCAGCCGCAGAAGAGAGUAAAGGCAUGCGACAUCGACCAGCUGAAACAGGCUGUUCAGGCGCACGCGGCUUUGAAGUGGGAUGAAAGACUCGCAAAAUUGAGUGGUGAAGAAGGCAUCGUGGUCCAACAGGACAAGGAGGACGCUACUUUGCAGGUUCGGUUUCCUUCCGUGUCGCUUACAGCUUGGUUGCCAGAGUCCACAUUGACCUACAUCGAGGAAAGAGAGCCAGAGGCAGCAGCAGUGGAGAAAAGUGAGAGUAGUUAGAUCAAAUACAUAGAGGCCCACAGAGCGAGUUCCAC